UUUAAUUACCAGUAAGAUAAAUUAAUUUCCGUUCCCCAGCUCGUCCCCUGCUUUCCCUUCUCCUCCUACUCUUUCCAGAACUGCGGUUGCAGCUCCUAAAUCCAGAACGGGAGCCGUUUUCCGGCCAGAAAACGGCGUUUUUCUGGGCUUAUCAGUGGUUACUCGUUCUAAAGGUGGAGAGGAUGUAGUGAGGUGUUAUGCUAAUAGAUUGAGAUUCUCCGACCGAGUUUUUUUUUUUUUUUUUUUUAUUUGGUACGUCUCUCUAAUGGCGGGAGCUAGCUGAAGCAGUAAAGGUUUCGAAUUGGACGGUAGAGUUUGUCUUGUUUCAACCGCUGAAAGGCUGAUCCACCUUCCUAGUUCUGGUAUGGAGGGGAGGGAAGGGAUGCCUGUCGCUGGGAUGGGAACGAAGGUGUCGGAGGCUAGCCUGAGCUUCCACUCGCCCUCGCGUGGGGCGGCGGUGGUGACGGGUGCAGCAAGGCCAGAUAACCUUAGCCUGGGCGGCGGUGGAGUUACUCCACCGAUUUCGCAGGCGGCGGUAACAGCUUCUGCGGGGGCACCGGCCCCGCCGCCGCAGCAGCAGCCGGUGAGUGCAGCUCUAUCUUCUGUUGGAGCGACGUUUGGGUCGGGCCCGGUUGUUGCGAUGCCGUUAAAGAAGAAGAGGGGGAGGCCGAGGAAGUACGCACCAGAUGGGAGCGUACUGCCACUGAACCCUAAGCCGAUCUCGUCUUCUAUGCCGCCGGGGGAGUAUUCGGCGCCAGCGGCGAUAUCCAUGAAGCGGGGUAGAGGGCGGCCAGGUGGUUUCUUGAUGAAGCAGCAACCGAGAAUCGAGUUGGAAUCACUAGGGGAGAUGGUGGCAUGUUCUGCUGGCGCAAAUUUCACGCCUCAUGUAAUCACUGUUGCAGCUGGCGAGGAUGUUACCAUGAAGAUAAUAUCGUUUUCACAGCAAGGACCUCGAGCUAUUUGUAUCUUGUCAGCUAAUGGCGUGAUUUCAAAUGUUACUCUUCGCCAGCCUGAUUCUUCUGGUGGCACAUUAACUUAUGAGGGGAGGUUUGAGCUACUCUCUUUGUCUGGAUCAUUUACUCCAAAUGACAAUGGAGGAACAAGGAGUCGAUCAGGUGGGAUGAGCGUUUCUUUGGCCAGCCCCGAUGGGCGGGUUGUGGGGGGAGGAGUUGCAGGUCUUUUGGUCGCUGCUAGUCCCGUGCAGGUGGUGGUUGGCAGCUUUUUACCCAGCUACCAACUAGAGCAGAAGACGAAAACAAAGCUUGAUUCUGCUGUAGCUAUGCCGACUGCUGCAAUUCCUAUGUCCAGUAUGGAGAUUGAGGAGACCUACAGUGGAGGGCCAGUGCCCCACAGCUCUUCAACCCCAAAGCCUAUCCUCACAACCUCUUCUUCUUUUAGAGGAGAAAACUGGUCUGCUUCUCUACAUUCUUCUGUACGAGAUGCUAGGAAUUCCACAACAGAUAUUAACAUAUCUCUACCUGGAGGGUAAGCUAAUGCAUCAAUGAAUCAAUCAACUGAGGUUGAGGUUCUCUUACUGACCCGAGAAUUUUUCGGCUUGUCACUAACGUUGUCCUGUAACACAUCUUCCUGUUCUGUGCAUUUGGUUUCCAAUUUUUAUCGAACAUGUUGACUUGAGUCAUGACUCUCUGCUUGCCUGAGUGGUCUCUUUUCUUUUUCAUUUUAAGUAGGUUUUGUGAAAUUUAUAUUUAUUUCCCAUGUUAGCCCAUAUCGAACUUGAUGCUAUUCACAGUAUUUUUUUCAUUAGUGGUGAUGCAGAUUCUUUUCUCUA